UGGGGCUCUCCUGCUCCGGACAAGGGACACGACAGGCUCGCAGCGCGGUGCACGGUGGACUCCCUGGCCACUCGGAGCAUGCUCGCUCAGCAAAGCCUCCGCCGGGCCGCGAUCUCCGCGCUGUGGUGCCACGCUCGCGCGCUCGCCACCACGAUCGCCGGUCCCUGCUCGUACGAGGUCGUGGUGAAGAAGUCCCGCUUCGUCGCGAGCGCGGCUCCGGUCAGCUCGGCCGAAGAGGCCCUCGCUUGGGUGCGGCGUGAGUCGGACGAGUCUGCGCGGCACAAUUGCUUCGCCUACAUGCUGUCGGACGGCUACAGCCGAUCCAACAACGACGGUGAACCUGGAGGCACGGCAGGGCCGCCCAUCGCCGCAGCCAUCGCGGGCGCUGGCGUGGUCGAUGUGGCAGUGCUGGUGAGACGCUACAGACUGGACGGCGGCGCGAAGCUCGGGACCGGUGGCCUGGUCCGGGCGUACGGCGGCGCGGCGCAGGGCGUGCUCGAGGCGGCGGCGCGGACGCCUCUUGUUCGGCUCGUCCCCCUGACGGUCGAGUUCGAGGCGACCGACACUGGGGCGGUGUAUCGCGAGGCGGGCGGCUUCGAGGCGGGGCCGGUGUCGCCGGGAGACGGCGCGAGGACGAGGGCGACCUUCCGAGUCCCCGCAGAGCAGGCGGAGGAGGUGGCGCGCAGCAUAGAAGGAGCGACGCACGGGCGCGCGACGGCGCGGUGGGCCGGCUUCGACGGCGGCGGCGAGGAUUGUGGCGGCGGCGGCGGCGGCGGCGGCGGACCGACACCGAUGGCGGCUGUUGCUGCGGCUGCGGCUGCGCCUGCAGCUGCUCUCGAGCAGGCCGCGCCUCCCGAGUUGGGUCGCGUGGAUGGACUGCGUGAACUGGUGGACGGUUUGCCGAGGGAGGCGCAGGCGGCGGCGCUGCGGUGGUGCGACGCGCACGAGGCGGGUGCAGUCUCGCUCGUCGUGCUGGCGGAGCUCGACCAGGCGCUGGUCGACUCGCUCCCCGAGGAGGCGGCGCAGGCGGUUGGAGAGCGGUUGUCCGUCCUGCGGCGGCAGCUCCUCGGUCCCACCUCUUGA